AUGAUGUCACUGCUCGCUCACUCGCUGUCAACCAACAUUAUGGACUCUGAUGUCUACGAGGGUAUCGCCACGCAGACGCCGACCGCUAUGGAUCGGCCGUUCGAAUGCAAGGAGCCGGGCUGCGGUCGUCGCUUUAACCGCAAGUUUACGCUCAGCGAGCACAAGAAAACGCACACAGGCGAGAAGCCGUUCGUGUGUCCGCUGGUCGAGUGCAGCCGACGCUUCAGUACAUCGGGCAACUUGGCACGUCAUAAGCGCCUUCACGCAUCGCUCAAACCUUUUGAGUGCGACAUCAACGGCUGCCGGCGCUCGUUCCCCAGCCAGGAGAAACUUGACCACCACAUCAAGAUCCAUACCGGCCGAAGGACGCACGUGUGUCACGUGUCGGGCUGCACCAAGACCUUCAGCACGGCGGGUAAUCUCACGCGCCACAUCAAGAAUAGCCAUCCGGAGCUCAUCCGAAACAACAUUCCGUCCUAUCAGUACGCACAGACUAGCCUUGAACAUCAGCUAGUGCUAUCACCACAAACUUUACCGAUCACCCCGGUAGAACACCUUCACACCUCGUCUUCUCACAUGAUACCGGCUGCUGGACCAUUGACAAAGCUCGAGCAAGUGGCACCGCCGGUCUUUUCACCCGACUCGGUGGAGCUGUCGCCAUUUCACGACGAGCUAUCGGUCUUUCAAAUGACCUGCGAAUUUCCCAUGCAGCCAUUCAUUUCAAGACCACAUGAUAUGAAUCCGUUCAUGGAAUCUGCCGUGGUUGACAUCACCCGCUGCAGCAUGAGUGUGCUGGACGAAGUGAUCGAGUUUGAGCUCACCAAGAACAUAUGA